AUGGCCGGUCUACUUGAAAACGGUGUUUACAACGAGACGCACCUCUUUUUUUCAGACAACUUCAAGUCUCUGCCUGACGCCGACUUUCGUGAUGUUUCCUGGCUGUACAGGGAAGAGUUCACGUUACAGCCCGGAAGUGGGCAACAUUUCACCUUACACACCCAUGGUAUAUCUUCUAGGGGUGAUAUAUACCUUAACGGCCACCGAGUUGCCUCGAAGGAUACCCAGGCUGGUUCUUAUGCUGGUUAUAAGUACGAUGUCACCAAAUAUGUCCUCAAGGGUGGGAACUGUCUAUUGAUCAAAGCCUAUCCUACCAACUAUCUCCGUGACUUGGCUUUGGGCUUCGUUGACUGGAAUCCAUACCCACCAGACAACGGCACCGGCAUUUGGCGUCAUGUUGAACUCUCCCAAAGUGGCCCUAUCCGACUGUCUAGUCCACGCGUUACCACUGAUUUUGUUCCUGGAGUUAAAGUAAAUGACACAAAUCUGACAGUCAAAACUGAUGUCCAUAAUAUCGGCGAAGAAACCAUCAAAGGGAGCAUCAGGGGUUUCAUCGAGGGAGCUCAAAAUCCGAGACACUCAAUCUCCGCUCCGUUUACCCUCAAGCCGGGCGAGCAGCAAACCAUAGAAAUGAAUACCACCAUUCAGAAUCCUAGUGUAUGGUGGCCCGCUUCGUGGGGCGAUCAACCUCUAUACACCGCCCGGAUAUCCGCGUUCGUCGGCAAAAUAAAGUCCGAUGGGCCAAAGAGACGCAAAUUUGGCAUCAGGCAUAUUGAGUCUAGAGUAAACGACCAAGAUACUGUAGAAUUCAAAGUCAAUGGCAAGCCUUUUUUUGUCAUGGGUGCAGGAUAUUCGUCUGAUAUCUUUUUACGAUUCACCGUUGAAAGGAUCACAACCAUAUUUCAAUACAUCCUAGACAUGGGUAUGAACACCGUUCGCCUUGAAGGCAAACAAGAACAUCCUGAACUUUACGAUAUCGCAGACAAAAUGGGGCUUAUGAUCAUAAGCGGCUGGGAAUGCUGCGACCACUGGGAGGGGUGGAAAUACAACACGGAAGGAUUUGGCCAACCUUGGACAGAUGUGGAUUACCCAAUUGCCAAUUCCAGCAUGUUACAUGAGGCCGGGAUGAUGCAAACCCAUCCUAGCAUGCUUGCUUUCCUAAUUGGAUCUGAUUAUUGGCCAAAUGAUCAGGCCACCAAUAUAUAUGUUGACGCCCUCAAGCGUAUGGACUGGAAUGCUGCAAUAAUCUCCUCAGCAGCAAAGCGAGGUUUCCCCAAGCUUCUUGGGCCCUCUGGUAUGAAGAUGGACGGUCCAUAUGACUGGGUACCUCCGUCAUAUUGGUUUGGUGACAAACUUGGUGCUGCUGGGGCUGGUGGGUUUGGUUCUGAACUUGGGCCUGGUGUAGGUACCCCCGAGAUUCGGAGCUUGAAAAAGUUCUUGUCCGAGGAAGAUAUGAAAGAUCUAUGGACCAAACCAAAUAAGGUUCUCUAUCAUAUGUCUGCUGGUGUGUCUCAGUUCCGUGAUCGCUCAAUAUACAACAAGGCGCUUUACGCUCGAUACGGCAAGCCAACGAGCUUGGAUGAUUAUUCCUUGAAAGCUCAGCUAAUGGACUAUGAGGCAACUCGUACAUGGCCAAAUCUACACUGGGCCCUGUUCGACUACUACCUGAAACCUAUGGCUAGCUACUUUGGAACCAAAACUGGCGCACGCAUUGAACAUGCCAUAUAUGACUACCGGGAGCAGGCUGUCUACCUGAUUAAUCAUUCUAAUUCCCGGAGCGGUGCGCGCAGUGUUACCGUAGAUCUAAUUAAUAUCGACGGUAAGUCCUUGAGCCACAGUACUAUGAAGGCAGAUACUACACCACUCAAGUCUCAGAAACUUUCCAAAGUUUCUGGCUUAGACAAGAACACAGACGUUUCUUUCCUCCGCCUGAUUUUGGAAGACGAUGCAGGAAAAGCUUUAAGCCGAAACGUGUACUGGCUUCCUCAGAGAGAAGACGUGCUUGACUGGGGCAAUUCUACCUGGUACCAUACUCCAGUUACCGAGUAUGCUGACCUAACGCCACUGGGCAAGCUACACAAGGCAGAUGUCCGGGUGGACAUUAAUAUCCAGGGUCGAACAAAAACCAGAGUCUCUCUGCAGAAUAAAUCCAAUCAUCCGGCUUUCUUCAUACGACUGAGUCUCCUGGACAAGGCGACUGGUGACGAGGUUACGCCUGUGUUUUGGGAAGACAACUAUGUGACUUUAUGGCCGCACGAGAGGUUAGAGUUGGGCGUUACUUAUCCGCAAACAUACAGGGUUGAGCUUGAAGUGUCUGGGUAUAAUGUGGAGAAGAAGAUGGUCAUGGUCUAG